GGUAUGGAUUUGGAAGAUGUGAAGAAUGAAGUGCUUCAUUCGUGUUUCGUUUUAGAAACGAGUGGUAGGAAUGUGAGUGUGUGGAUGUCGUCUUGACUGAAGACAAAGUCGAGAAAUGGUAUUCCAAGGAUUAUGUGCAUUCUCGACUCCAUAAACUCGGACCAGAAGGGAUGAUAUGCGUGGUACUGAGGACAUGACACAGAAUGUAAUGCCUGUCUGCUGAGCCACGAUGAGGCUAAAACUAAAGACCGUCUUCGUCCUUUACUUCACGGUUUCUCUGCUUGGGUUAAUCUACGCAUUGAUGCAGCUGGGUCAGCGCUGUGACUGCACCGAGCACGACGCGGCGCGAGAUCGGACCAUCUCGCGCCUGCGAGGAGAGUUGCACAGCCUGCGAGAACAAAUGAAGAAACCCGAACCCACCAACCCCCCAAAGCCAGCUCUGCCCCCCACCAUCCACGUCAUCACGCCCACUUACACCAGGCUAGUCCAGAAGGCGGAGCUGACCCGCCUGUCCCAGACGCUCCUGCACGUGCGCCAGCUCCACUGGAUUCUGGUGGAGGACUCCCCCCACAAGACGGUGCUGGUGUCGGAGUUCCUGGUGCGCUCAGGCCUGACCUACACACACCUGCAUGUGCCCACCCCCCGAGAGAGCAAGCUCCAGGAGGGCGACCCCAGCUGGCUGAAGCCCCGUGGGGCCGAGCAGAGGAAUGAGGGGCUGCGCUGGCUGCGAGAGACUGCUGGGGGGCGGCAGGGAGCACAGUUGGAGGAGGGUGUGGUCUACUUUGCCGACGAUGACAACACAUACAGUCUGCAGCUGUUCGAGGAGAUGCGUGGGACACAGAUGGUGUCGGUGUGGCCAGUGGGGUUGGUGGGGGGCAUGCGCUAUGAGCGCCCUGUAGUGGAGCAGGGGCGCGUGGUCCGCUUCCACACAGGCUGGCGCCCGAACCGCCCCUUCCCUCUUGACAUGGCCGGGUUUGCUGUGUCGCUACGGCUGGUGUUGGCCAACCCCGACGCCCACUUUGAUGGGGACGCACCCAUGGGCUUCCUGGAGAGCAGCUUCCUGCAAGGUCUGGUCACCAUGGAGGAGCUGGAGCCCAAAGCCGACAUGUGCACCAAGGUGCUGGUGUGGCACACACGUACGGAGAAGCCGAAGAUGAAGCGUGAGGACGCUCUGCAGAAACAGGGCCUGGGCUCUGACCCUGGAGUGGAGGUGUGACACCCAGGACCCCCUGUCCUGUAACAUACCUGCUCCUCCCCAUACCUGUCUGGGGCUGGUCCAGAUGGGACACCAGUCCACAGCCAACUAGAGGAGACUCCAGCUAUGAGUGGCCAAUCCUGAAGAUGCAAAAACAAGAGACAUCAAGAAAGAGAAGACAAGACCUCCCCCUUCACACAACUCCUCCUCUCUGAUACCCCAUCCGUCACAUACAAAUACACACAUACACACACGCAUGCACAUAUCAGGGUUGGUUCAACUAUUGCACAAAGGGAUGGGGGGGUGGGGGGGGUAGCAACAGGUGGAUAAUGACAAAGAGACAAAGACUGAUGAAGACUGAGAUCUACAGAAAAGGAAGGAUUUAUGCAGAAAUGGGGAGAGAUGGAUGGAUGGAUGCAGAAUGAGAGAGAGGGGUAGAUGGAUGGAGGCAGACAGAGAGAACAUACAAUUGAUAUGGAGAUGGAGGAGGAAUGAGAAUGGGUGUUGGGAGUCUGUUUUCCACAGACUCCCAACUGCCUAUAUGCCUUGCUGCUGUGACUGUUCACUGUCCCACAUAGCCAAACCACCACUGCAUAUAGUGCCACAUGAGUAAAAGGUCAAAGCAGUGCAGGGAUGGAAGCAGCAUCCAGACUGAUGUUGAGCACUCUGAGCCAUUUACCGGCAGCAGGUGAAGCAGCCUGUGCUAGCUGCCUCUGACCCGCUUCCAGUAAAAGCUAGAAUGGCACAAGCCACUAGUUGUUGGGAGCAGGGUUUGUAUCCCUGCAGCGUUUAAACAUCUGUCAGUCUGUAAAUAUCUGUGGGACUCUGUAUUCUGCUAUUCCACCUGUGCAUGUUUGUACACUACUUAGUCUUUUGGAUUCAGGUGUGCUGAAAUGUCUGUGUAUACUGCAUGUUUUACAUGGUUGUGUCUAUUGGUUUGAAAUGACUAAACCUUUUUUGUGUGCCUGACCAUAGUCUGGAUUCCUUGUAUGUAAGAAUUAAGAAAAACAUUGGAAGAAAUAAACAUU